AUCCACGAGCGUCGCCAAGCCGACCCUCUCGACUCCAUCCCUCAAUACAACUUCGACAUGUGCCAUGAAUCUCUCAACGGCGCUAAACUCACCUUCACUCCUGCUGGACCUGGCAGCUUUCAGGUUGCUGGUGUUCCUUCUACUUGCAUGGUCCUUGCUACUGCUUUGACUGGCAGUUUCAAUGCUGGAAAUCCUACUUCUCUUGGUGCCGACUCUCUCAAGUUCACCGGUCUUACCGAUGAUGAGAUGAACCAGCUUCAGUCUUACUUCCACUAG